AUCAAAACCAGCGACGACACACCACAACCACCACCAACAACCAUGGAUGUCGGGCAACUGCUCUCCAACACGCUCUCGCCAGAUGCGCAACUGCGUCUCUCGGCCACCGAGCAGCUCGAAGCCGCAGCGCGCGAUCAUUUCGAUCAAUACAUGAUGCUCCUAUCCACCCAGCUAGCCAAUGAACAAGCCGCCUCACACAUCAGAAAUGCAUCUGGACUUGCUCUCAAGAAUGCUCUCUCUGCAAAAGAUUUCCGGCGACGCGAGGAGAAUCAAGGUAAAUGGCAAAAUCUGCCUGAACAGACGAAAGCGCAAAUCAAACAGGCUACCCUCUUUACGCUCAAUAGCAAUGACAGUAAAGCAGGUCAGUCUGCAGCGCAAUUCAUCGCGUCCAUUGCAGCUAUUGAAUUGCCGCUUCAGCAAUGGCCAGAGCUGAUGACGAGUCUUGUGAGCAACACGGCACCAGAGAGCGCGCAGCACGUCAAACAAGCUAGUUUACAAGCAAUUGGCUAUGUUUGUGAGACGGUUGACCCGGAAGUCCUUGCAUCGCAGUCAAAUGCCAUCUUGACGGCUGUGGUGCAAGGUGCGCGCAAGGAAGAACCAUCCAUUGCUGUACGGCUUGCUGCUAUUUCUGCUCUGUACGACUCGCUCGAGUUUGUUAGGGAGAACUUUGAGCGUGAAGGCGAGCGCAACUACAUUAUGCAGAUUGUGUGUGAAGCAACGCAAGCCAAUGAUGUCAAGCUACAGGUUGCUGCUUUUGGUUGUUUGGUACGCAUCAUGCAGCUCUACUACAACAAGAUGCGAUUCUAUAUGGAAAAGGCUCUCUUUGGACUGACGGUCCUUGGCAUGAAGCACAGUGACGAAAGUGUCGCUCUGCAAGCUAUUGAGUUUUGGUCGACCGUGUGUGAGGAGGAGAUUGAAGUGAUGAUGGAAGCACAAGAGGCACAAGAACUCGGUGAUCAGCCAGAGCGAGAAUGCUUCCAAUUUGCAAAGACGGCAUUGCCUGAAGUACUGCCUGUCUUGCUCACUUUGCUCUGCAAACAAGAAGAUGACGCGGAAGAGGAUGACUGGAAUGUUGCUAUGGGUGCCGCGAAUUGUCUGCAGCUCUUUGCUCAGUGUGCCGAGGGAGUCAUUGUGCAGCCCGUCUUGCAAUUCAUCGAGUCCAAAGUAUCGAGCAGCAACUGGAAGGAACGUGAAGCGGCUGUCAUGGCGUUCGGUUCGAUUCUUGAGGGCCCAGAACCGGAAAUGCUUAAACCCCUCGUUGCGCAAGUGCUCAGUGUCUUGCUCAACAUGAUGAAGGAUGAAAAUCUGCAAGUCAAGGACACGACUGCCUGGACACUUGGCCGUAUCUCCGACCUUGUCAUUGGCGCUGUUACGGUUGAAGUCUUGCCCAAUAUCGUCGGUGCUCUGCUCGAUGGUCUGCGCGAUCACCCACGCAUCCGAACAAACUGCUGCUGGGCGCUAAUGAACCUCAGUGAGCAACUUGACGAUCCAGAGUCUACCAGCUCGCAGAUGUCGCCCUUUUAUGAGCCAGCAUUCACUGCGCUUCUUGGUGUUGCAGAGUCAAACUCGAAUGAGAAUAAUGCCCGGACGUCUGCAUACGAAGCCCUAUCGACAAUGGUCUCGCACGCCUCGAGCGAAGUCCUGCCACUCAUCUCUAAGCUUUCAGGUGUCGUUCUCGACCGGUUGCAGGCAACCGUCUCUAUGCGCGCAAAUGUCUUGUCGACCGAAGAAAAGGUGCAAUUCGAGGAGCUGCAAUCCAACUUGCUCAGUGUUUUGACGAGCAUCAUCCGUCGUUGCGGCAAGGAUGUGGUACCCAUCUCGGACCGUAUCAUGACCAUUCUGCUUGAACUCGAGCAAAACCAGCCCAAGCAGUCUGUCGUCCAUGAAGAUGUAUUUAUUGCUGUGGGGGCACUCUGUCUCGCUGUUGAAGCACACUUUGGUAUCUAUCUCGAUGCAUUCGCGCCAUUCCUGUACGCAGCCUUGGCGAAUCACGAAGAAUACGCAUUGUGUGGUAUUGCAAUCGGAUUGAUUGGCGAUAUUGCGCGGUCGCUUGGCGAGCAAGUCCUCCCGUACGGCGACAACUUUAUGACGCAUCUACUGCAAAAUUUGCAGUCACCACUUCUCAACCGUGCAGCAAAGCCAGCCAUCUUGUCUGCCAUCUCAGAUAUCGCCUUGGCCAUCAAUCAGGAGUUUAGCAAGUACCUUGAUGUGGUGAUGCAGCUUCUACAACAGGCGUCCAGCGUGACCUACACACCGGAGUCCGGAUACGACAUGAUUGACUAUGUGAAUGGUCUUCGGGAAGGCAUUGUCGAGGCCUAUGUUGGUAUUGUGCAAGCCCUCAAGGGAACGCCUAAAGCCGCAACACUUGGUCCGUAUGUCGAGCACAUGUUUAACUUUAUGGCGACUUGUCUAGCGGACGAGGAACGGACACAAGCCCUGCAGCGGAAUGUGAUUGGUCUGAUUGGCGACCUUGCAGAGACAUUCCCUGGGGGACAGCUGAAGCAGCCUUUGUCUGCCGAAUGGGUAUCAGGCUGCUUGAAGGCUUCUCGUGCUAAAGGUCAACCCCAGGCCACCAAAGAGGUUGCCAAAUGGGCGAGUGAGCACGUUGCAACGGCGACUCGCUGACCUACUUAUGGCUCUUGUUCUUGUUUUAAACACAGAGAGUGUAACGCACUCUUGUCAUAUCCUUCGCAUUGAAGGAACUUUGCAUAGCUUUGUGGAUUUCUAGACUCUCUCGUCAGUGCUGUCAUGUGCUACAAGUCUGUGUGCAAAUUUAGUGAUUUCUGUUCAGGCACGACUAGCUGUGCGGGC